AUGACCGCUCAACGAUUUAUUACUGGUUAUGAAGUUUUACUUGAUCGACGGGCUAAUAAAGGCACAGCAUUUUCGAUUGAAGAACGGCAAAUAUAUCGUAUUCAUGGUUUAUUGCCACCAACAAUAGCUACAGCUGAACUUCAAAUUGAACGAUUUAUGGAAAAUUUACGUAAUAUGCCUGAUGAUUUAGCACGAUAUAUAUCAUUAAGUUCUUUACAAGAUCGUAAUGAAAAAUUAUUUUAUCGAGUAGCUAUGCAAUAUACACAAGAAAUUAUGCCUCUUGUUUAUACACCAACUGUAGGCUUAGCUUGUCAAAAAUAUGGUUUAAUUUUUUCAAAACCAAAAGGUUUAUUCAUUUCAAUCCAUGAUAAGGGUCAUAUUUACGAUGUUUUGAUGAAUUGGCCAGUUCAGGAUGUUCGAGCAAUUGUGGUCACUGAUGGUGAACGUAUAUUAGGUUUGGGUGAUUUAGGUUGUAAUGGCAUGGGUAUACCUGUUGGUAAAUUAAGUUUAUAUACAGCAUUAGCUGGUGUAGCACCUGAAUAUUGUUUACCAAUAACACUUGAUGUUGGAACAAAUAAUCAAACUCUUCUUAAUGAUAAAUUUUAUUUGGGUUUACGAGAAAAACGUAUUACUGGCAAAGUAUAUGAUGAAUUUAUCGAUGAAUUUAUACAAGCUGUUGUUAAACGAUUUGGACAACAAUGUUUAGUUCAAUUUGAAGAUUUUGCUAAUCAUAAUGCAUUUCGUUUACUUAAAAAAUAUCGUGAUCGUUAUUGUACAUUCAAUGAUGAUAUACAAGGUACAGCUAGUGUUGCUGUCUCGGGUAUUCUUACAUCACUUCGCGUUACUAAACGAAAAUUAGCCGAUAACGUAUUUGUAUUUUAUGGUGCUGGUGAAGCAUCAAUUGGUAUGUCGGAUUUACUCGUUUUAGCGAUGGAACAUGAAGGAAUACCAACUGAAGAAGCUCGAAAAAAGAUCUAUUUAGUUGAUUCAAAAGGACUUGUUGUUAAGAAUCGCCCAGCAGGUGGAUUAAAUGAAGAAAAAAAUCGAUAUGCACAUGAGCGUGAACCAAUUAAUAAAUUAGCAGAUAUUAUUAAAACUAUUAAACCAUCAUUUCUUAUUGGUGCUGCUGGUCAAGGUCCUGCAUUUACUCGUGAAAUACUUGAAACAAUGGCUUCAGUCAAUGAACGUCCAGUUAUAUUUGCUCUAUCGAAUCCAACAUCAAAAGCUGAAUGUACUGCAAGCGAAGCAUAUGAAGCAACCAAAGGUCAAUGUGUUUUUGCAUCUGGUUCUCCAUUUCCUAAUUAUGUAUAUAAUGGUAAAACAUAUGUACCUGGCCAAGGAAACAAUUCAUAUAUAUUUCCUGGUGUUGGUCUUGCAAUUGUAACAUGUGGUAUUCGACAUGUACCCAAUGAAGUAUUUUACAUAGCAGCUAAAACACUUUCGGGACAAGUUACAGAGGAAGAUCUUGCAGUAGGUCUUGUUUAUCCACCACUUGAAAAAAUUCGUGUAGUAUCAAGAAAGAUUGCUGCUGCAACAGCAGAAUAUGCCUAUGGAGAAAAAUUAGCUGCAUUUUAUCCAAAACCAACUGAUUUAGAAAAAUUUAUUGGAGACAACCAAUAUACAGCAGAAUAUCAAAGUGCAUUACCACCACGUUGGAGUUGGACACAAGCAAACUAA